ACAAAGCUGUUUUGAAUUUUGUCUGUACGCCUGCCUCAUUCUAGAGUCUUUGUUCUUUUUCAUUUUUCAAUUUUCAUCAGCAGUACUUUCCUCAAAUCCACCCUUUACCUAAACCCCUUCCUUCUCCAGUCUUCUUAAAACCCUACAAAUUUACUGGUUACUGGUGGUGGCACUAAUGGCGAUUUCUGUAUUGCUCAAAGCUGUAACUCGCCGUGGCAGUCAAUCUCUUUCUGCUGCUUAUGAAUCUGUGUCUAGGAAUGUGAAGACCUCAAGCAGUAGUUCACUAUUGGGCAAAACAUCGACAAGUAAUUUUGAAUCUGUGUUUAGGAAUGUUAACACCCCAUGGAAUAAUUCACUAUCUGGCAAAAUGUCCUCAAGUUUGGGUACUAGAGCAUUCUGCUCAAAAUCAGAUCCAAGUGAUUCAGUUGCCCAGAACAAAUUUCCUGAGUCCAACCUAACAAAGGUAGUUUUCAAGUAUGUUUGCGGGCAUGACGAGUUUCGAGAAAACAGUAGGUCCUCCCAGCCCAUAAUAAGAAAGGUUCUUGAGAUUCCCAGAGGACAUACUUUCUUUGAAUGCAAAGAUGGAGAUGAUGUGAGCUAUUGCAACUUGAUCGAUUUUUGUUACUCCUUAAUGAGGCGUCUUAAGGAGGAUGCAGAGUCAGCCAGAGGAGAAAGAGUAACAGAGAUGUGUUUUAUAGAAGCUUCAUUUUUCAAAGAUCGUAUAAGAAGUAUAAUAGAUAGUUCAGGUGCUAUCCUAAAUCUUAACGGCAUGAUUGAUUGUUUGGAGAAACCGGACUCUUUUUCCAAUGGCAAAAACUCACGCACUAGAUGCAAACUCACAAUCGAUGUUGAUGAAUAUUUUGAUAUUCGUACUUGGGAAAAAAUAACAAGUGGUGACAAGCACGUGCUGGAGAUUAUUCUGAGCGAGCUUAAGAAAAAUGGGUUCGACUUCAAUGAAGAUCCAGUAGCACUACAGAAAAUUGAGGAAGCAGUUGAGAGGGCGAUGAUGAGAAUGACAAAUAUGAUCAAACUGAAUCUGCCAGUUCCUGUUGGUAAACCUGACAUGAGUACGACUAUCAGUUGGGAAAAAUGUGCUGGUCUGCCCAUAUUGAAAACUGUCAGUCCAGAUUCAUUAAUUCUAAGCUGUCUAAAGUGAUCUUCUUUGGUAUUUUGGGUUUUGAAUACAAGAAAUGGAUCGUCCGUGAGCUGGAAGGAUAUAAAAUUAUGACAUACUUUUAAUCGUACUAACUUGUUACCGUUGUUUCUGUUUUGUGUUUAGUGAGCUUGUAAGUAUAACAUACUCCAAUAGGCCAGCGUUCACGGUUAUAACUGUGUUUUAAUGGAAAGCAAUGAACACAUGUUUUGUGGAUUCUA